CGCAUCCUGCCCUUAUCUCGCCCGCCCAGCCAGGCUCGGCUGCCGAAGCGAAAGUAAUUGGUGCUGGGGCCGCCCCGCCCCGCACGAUGCCCCUCACCAUGGCGCCUGGCCUCCUCCUCCUGCUGCUGCUGGCGAGCGGGGCCCGGGGUGCCCUGGUGGUCUCCGUCCCCACCUCCCGGGUGCAGGCCCAGCCAGGCUCAGACGUGCUCCUGGGCUGUCACUUCUCCAUGGGAGGGGCCGUGGACCUGAUGGAGCUGGUGGUGCAGUGGAAGCUGGGGAACAGCCUGGUGGCCGAGUUCGAUAACGUCCCAUUGUACCCCAGGGCCGGGGCUAGCCUGUCCCUGGAGUGGCUGCGGGUCGGCAACGCUUCCCUUCUCCUCCCGCGGGUGGGGGACACCGAUGCCGGGCUCUACACCUGCAUAGUCAUCGUCCCCCCGAACCGGGAGAGUCGGCAGGUGGAGCUGUGCGUGGAAGCCCCGCCCCAUGUCUCAGUGCGGGGCACCGAGGUGAGGGUCGGCGAGCAGAACCACGUGAUCUGCAGCGUGAGCAACUUCUACCCCGGGAGCGUGAGCGUCGCUUGGCUGCGGGACGGGCUGAUUGUGGCGGGCUCCAAGACACCCCCCGGCCAGCUGGGCCCCACCGGCCUGUACAGCACGACCAGCAUCCUCCCGCUCGUGCCCAGCAUCCCCGACGCCAGCGCCAACUACUCCUGCCACGUGCAGCACGUCGCCCUGGAGGCGCCGAUCCAAGCAGCCUUCCGGCUGAGCGUGUUCUCCCCGCCUCGGCUGACCCUGCUGCAGCCCCUGGUAACGUUGGAGGGGCAGGUCACUCUGCAGUGCCUGGUGAGCGGCUACCACCCCGCCGAGAUCAGGGUGCAAUGGCUGCGGGACGGGGUGCCCCUGCUCACCAUGGAGUCGCCCCCCACAAAGGAACCCAACGGAUCCUUCGCGCUCCGCAGCAGCUGCAUCCUCGACCGUCCAGAGAGCAAUGCCCAGGCCAACUUCGCCUGCCGUGUGCAGCACCUGGCGCUGGCCACCCCGCUGGAGCACACAGCUGUCUGGAGAGUCCCCGCCUGCCCCAAGUCAUGGACAUGGACAUGGGUGGGAACCAUGCUGCUCCUGCUGCUGCUCCUCGCGUGGGUCGUGUGCCAGUGCUGUAACAUCAGCAUGUCCGAGAUCCGUCAGGGGCAGUGUUGGCUGGAGGGCAGCAUCACCGUGCUGUGGUGCGAGGUGGAGGGCCGGCUCCAGGCCACAGACCAUCUGGCCUGGGCGAGGCUGUGCCUGGAGAAGGAGUCUGGGUGGCCCGGGGAGCUGAGUGCGCCCAUGCAGAAGUGGGAGUCGGACCAGCACCAGGUGUUGACAUGGCGGUGCCCCCUCCGGCUGGGCAGGGAGCGGCUCAUGUCUUGUCUGAUCGUCUGCCCUGCGGGGAGCAGCGAAGACACCUUCGCCUGCACGUUCCAGCCAGGCACGGCCGGCAGGCAGGUUCAGCAGAGGCUCAUCACUGUCUCCAGUGUGCAGGGGGUCACGCCGGAUAUGGAUCUCAGCAGCUGCCUGUGAGGGCCCGGAGCAGCACGGGUGGCCCCACGCUGACGAACGCCUGCCGGGACUCAGCCCAUGGCAUUCACCAGGGAGGGGACCAGCGCCUGGGGAAGGUGCCUUAGCCAAGCACAGGGCCCCUUCUGGCCUUGGACUCGAUGGCCCGUGGAAAUCUGGAGUGGGAAGGGGGUACAGAGGGAGGGGAGAACGUGAGUGGGGGAUCCUGGGAGGCAGAGCUGGGUGUCACAGGGUCCCCGGGCGAUGCUCUGGAACUGCUCCCGACGCAGCCAGUCAGGACUCUGGGAAGUCUCCUCUCUGGGAGCAGCCUGUCUGCAGGACACACAGCUCACCCGGCUUCCCCCUUCCUGGGUCUGACCUCGGAGCAUUCACCAUCCUCUGCCCCUCCGUGCGCUUCCCACAGUGAGUCCGCCCAGGCGGGGUCCUGGGGAAGCCAGAGGGUCCUGCCCCCCAACUCUGCAGUCAGACGUGACUCUCAGCCAGCCAGUAAAACAGAAGGUUUAUUAGACAACAGGAACAUGGUCUAACACAGAGCUUGUAGGUGCAGAGAACAGGACCCCUCAGCUGGGUCCAUUUUGGGGGGCAAUGAGCCAGACAACCCCGUCUGCACUUCACUCCACAUCCCCAGCCAGCCCCAAACUGAAACUCUCUCCAGACCCCCCCCCCCCGGCUUUGUCCCUUUCCCGGGCCAGGAGUUCACCGGAUUCCUUUGUUCUCCCACCCUUUAGCUCUCACCUUGCGGGGGGGCGGGGAGGGAAGGGCCCAGGCCAUCAGUUGCCAGGAAACAGGGCGUUGGCCAUUCUCUGUAUCCAGACCCCUGCCCACACCUGCCCUGUAGGGCUCUGCAAGGAUCACCCUUAUCCCACCACCUAGAUACUUAAGAACUGCCUAGGGGAAACUGAGACACCCCCACACUAUUCAGAGGAAACAUUAAGAACAGUCCCGCUUCGUCACACUGGGGU